UGAGGGAGGCAUAAGGCGCAGGCGCUCUGGGGCCGAGGGCAGGCAGGCUGAUCAGCUGGGAAGCGUGCAUUAAGCUAAACAACUCGCUGGGAGGAGAGAGGAUGAGUCCAAGAGGCUGAGAGCUGCUGCUUGUGGAGCUCCAUAUCCGGCUGGAGCAAAGAAAAACAGGAUGAAGCUGCCGCGGGUGCUACCUCAAUGUUGUCUGCGCCUUGCUGAUUAGUCCAGGGGAGCAACAGCAAGGAGAGAGCCCCAGCACAGCGGCAGCUGAAAAAGCAGAAGUUGCAACAAGGCAGAUCCACCCCAGUCAUGAGCACCCUCUACUUAUGGGAUCAGCUGCGAGCCGGCAGUUCCGAGGUAGACUGGUGCGAAGAUAACUACACUAUCGUGCCCACGAUAGCCGAGUUCUACAACACGAUAAGCAACAUCUUGUUUUUUGUUUUACCACCCAUAUGUAUGUGCUUAUUUCGUCAAUAUGCAACCUGCUUCAACAGUGGAAUAUACUUAAUAUGGACUCUGCUAGUUGUUGUUGGAAUUGGAUCUGUCUAUUUCCAUGCUACACUCAGUUUCCUGGGUCAGAUGCUAGAUGAGCUGGCUAUUCUUUGGGUCCUGAUGUGUGCUCUGGCCAUGUGGUAUCCCAGAAGAUACCUCCCAAAAGUUUUUCGAAAUGACAGGGCAAGGUUUAAAGCUGCAGUCAGUGUCCUUUCUGGAGUUACUACAUGCCUUGCAUUCAUUAAGCCUGCUAUCAACAACAUCUCAUUAAUGACACUAGGUGUCCCCUGUACGGCUCUGCUUAUUGCUGAGUUGAAGAGUCUCUUUUCUGACUGUGACAGCACCUCAAAUUCAUGGUGUGAAAACUUGCGUGUGUACAAGCUGGGCCUCUUUUCAGGUCUUUGGUGGAUGUUAGCACUUUUCUGCUGGAUCAGUGACAAAGCAUUUUGUGAGAUCUGGUCUUCAUUUAACUUUCCGUAUUUGCACUGUGUAUGGCACAUCCUCAUUUGCCUUGCUGCUUACCUAGGCUGUGUCUGUUUUGCCUACUUCGAUGCUGCCUCCGAGAUCCCUGAACAGGGCCCUGUUAUAAAGUUCUGGCCCAGUGAGAAAUGGGCUUUCAUUGGUGUCCCCUAUGUCACCCUCCUCUGUGCACAUAAGAAAUCACCUGUGAAGAUUACAUGAAAUCAAGCACCUAGUGGAGGGAACAAUCUAUUUAUUUUUUCAUCACAGACUGUACUUAGGUAGAGGUAGUGGCUAGGGUUGUUUUUUCUGACUAAUAUGCGUAUGGUGUUCACAAGUGUUUUGUUAACACAUGGUAAAAUAUGACCUUUCCUCACUUUUCUGGAGAGGAAGCCAGAAGGUUGUUUGUGGUGCUCCUGAACAUUUAUAUUAGAACUCUGUAUUGACACUGGUUGCGUUUGUUUUGCACUCUGUUUUUGAUGUAGCAUCCAUCAUGAUAUACAGGUAAUUCUUUCCAAAUAUCAAAGUUAAGGCUAUUUUUCAAGGUCGGCCAAAACAGCUGACUGUAAGAGACUGAUUCUCUUUUCAUGUUGGUUCUGCCAGACCUCUAUUUAGUGAAGAGAGGAGGACAAAGGUGCUUUUAAGCCAUCUUUGUGCCUCCUCUAUUCUGUGCCCAGCUCCGAGUAUAUGUUAGAGUAGUCCUGAGCAUGCUUUAAUUUGCACCUGGAUGGAUUUAACCAUAAGUUGCCAUGGUGGUAUUCCAACAAUGUUUUUUUUCCAGUCAUGUCUCCACAUGUGGACUGCAGAGGGCGGGUAGUGUAGAACCAUUGUCGCAGCUCUGCACUGCAUGGGAAAUUCCCCAGUAGCUAAAUACAUUAUCUGAGCUGCAGAAGAGGAUGGCAACAAAAGAAAAUUGGGCCCCAGAAUUGUUACACUGGUGUAAAACAAGAGUAAGUGAGA